CUUACCCAGACAGAGAGCUGACUCUGUCAUUCAAACCUUGCACUGUGCACAAAGAGCUGUGUGCGAGAGAUGCCUCUGAGUGACUGACACCUUAGUGUCACUACUGUCCUGUCCUCAGCCCGAGUCUUCCCCCCGUGUCUCCCCUGUGCACCGUCUGGCUCCAGCAUGGGAAAGUUGCAGUUUGUGAGAUUAAUCCUGCUGGUUUAUUUGUGUUUCCCGUAUUUUGGCAAUUCAGCAAGGCAAGAACUGCAAGUGAUUGAUCUACUAACGGUGAGUGAGUCCAGACACAUGUCCAGCAUGGUGGAGAAGAUACGGUCUGAGAUGCUAACGGUCAAUGACAUAUACUUCAUGUCAACUCUUCGACUGCCAGCCAAGGCAGGAGGUGUCUUAUUUGGCUUCUACUCAAAAAAAGACAACACCAAAUGGCUGGAGGCCUCAAUUGUGGGGAAAAUCAACAAAGUCUUGGUACGUUACAUGCGUGAAGAUUCCAAAGUCCACUCAGUCAGUUUACAGAAUGCCAAUCUUUCUGAUGGAAACACUCACACCAUGAUCCUGCGUAUCAGUGGCCUCCGUGGGGACACUAUCACAUUGGAGCUAUAUGUGGACUGCAAGCAAGUGGACACCAGCUUAGGUCUACCUGAGAUGAUGAUCAUCCCCCAGUUUGAGGUGGAAUCAGGAGAGAUACGGUCUGGACACAAAGCAUACCUGAGGAUGCAGGGAUCUGUAGAGUCCAUGAAGUUGAUACUUGGUGGGUCUAUGAGUCGUGUGGGAGCCUUGAGUGAGUGCCCUUUCCAGGAAGAUGAAUCCAUUCACAAUACAGUGAAUGGAGUGGUCAACUCAAUUCUUGGUGAGCACACAAAGGCUCUGAUAACACAGAUGACUCUCUUCAAUAAAGUUCUGGCAGAGCUGAGAGAGGAUAUACGAGAACAGGUGAAGGAGAUGUCUCUUAUCCGGAACACAAUCAUGGAAUGUCAGGUUUGCGGUUUUCAUGAACACCGCUCUCGCUGUAACCCCAACCCCUGCUUCCAAGGUGUAGACUGCAUGGAAACCUAUGAAUACCCGGGAUAUCGCUGUGGGCCUUGUCCCCCUGGAUCCCAAGGAAAUGGCACCUACUGUGCGGAUAUUGAUGAGUGCGCUUAUGCAAACCCUUGUUUUGCUGGAUCAAAAUGUAUAAAUACAUCACCUGGUUUCCGUUGCGAUGUUUGCCCCCGUGGGUACAAAGGUAACACAGUAUCUGGAGUUGGAGUAGACUAUGCCAAAGCCAGCAAACAGGUUUGCAAAGACAUUGAUGAGUGCAAUGAUGGCAACAAUGGUGGCUGUGCUGCCAACUCAAUCUGCACCAACACUGUGGGCUCCUACAGAUGUGGCCCCUGCAAGCCUGGAUUUGUGGGUAACCAGACAGUGGGCUGCUCAACAAAAAAAUCCUGCCUGGGCCCAGGCUUCAAUCCCUGCCAUAUGAACGGGCACUGUGUGUUUGAGAGGAAUGGAGAUGUUACAUGCGCAUGCAAUGUUGGCUGGGCAGGAAAUGGAUACACCUGCGGACGAGACACAGAUAUUGACGGUUACCCAGACGACCCAAUGCCAUGUAUAGAUAACAAUAAGCACUGUCGGCAGGAUAACUGCAGGUACACCCCAAACUCCGGUCAGGAAGAUGCUGAUAAUGAUGGGAUUGGGGACCAGUGUGAUGAGGAUGCAGAUGGUGAUGGAAUCAAGAAUGUUGAGGAUAACUGCAGACUUACCCCAAACAAAGAUCAGCAAAACUCUGACACAGACUCGUACGGGGAUGCAUGCGACAACUGUCCUAACGUCCCAAAUAAUGAACAGAGGGACACAGAUGCAAAUGGAGAGGGAGAUGCUUGUGACAAUGACAUCGAUGGUGAUGGUAUCCAAAACAUGCUGGAUAACUGCCCCAAAGUGCCUAAUCCUCUGCAAACUGACCGGGACAUGGAUGGGGUGGGUGAUGCUUGUGAUAGCUGCCCGGAGACCAGCAAUCCCACCCAAACAGAUGCAGACAGCGAUCUGGUGGGCGACAUGUGUGACACCAACCAAGAUAGGGACGGAGAUGGUCAUCAAGACACUAAAGACAACUGCCCCGACAUCCCUAACAGCUCACAGUUGGACUCUGACAAUGAUGGGAUAGGGGAUGAAUGUGACCAGGAUGAUGAUAAUGAUGGCAUUCCUGAUUAUAAUCCUCCCGGACCAGACAACUGCCGGCUAAUUCACAACCCUAAUCAGAAGGACACAGAUGGGGAUGGCAUUGGUGACGUGUGUGAAGAAGACUUUGAUAACGACACCGUGAUUGAUCCUCUAGAUGUUUGUCCAGAGAGUGCAGAGGUCACAUUAACAGAUUUCAGGGCUUAUCAGACAGUCAUACUGGAUCCUGAAGGAGAUGCUCAAAUAGAUCCCAACUGGGUUGUUCUCAAUCAGGGUAUGGAAAUUGUGCAAACAAUGAACAGUGACCCAGGUCUAGCAGUAGGUUAUACCGCCUUUAAUGGUGUGGAUUUCGAGGGCACCUUCCAUGUGAAUACAGUAACAGACGAUGACUACGCUGGAUUUAUUUUCAGUUACCAGGACAGCUCAAGCUUUUAUGUAGUCAUGUGGAAGCAGACAGAGCAGAUGUACUGGCAAGCUACCCCAUUCAAAGCCGUGGCUGAGCCUGGCCUGCAACUUAAGGCUGUGAAGUCUAAAACAGGCCCUGGGGAACAACUGCGGAAUGCGCUGUGGAACACAGGCCAUACUCAUGACCAAGUCCGGCUGCUGUGGAAGGACCCACGGAAUGUAGGCUGGAAGGAUAAGACUUCAUACAGAUGGCAGCUAAUGCACAGGCCGCAAGUGGGCUACAUCAGGGUAAAGCUAUAUGAAGGCGUAGACCUGGUGGCUGAUUCUGGAGUUAUCAUUGACACCACCAUGAGAGGGGGUCGACUGGGGGUCUUCUGCUUUUCCCAGGAAAAUAUCAUCUGGUCCAACUUGCAGUACCGGUGUAAUGACACAACUCCAGAGGACUUCGAGCCAUUCAGACGGAUUCUCCUGGAAGGGAGAGAGUAGCAGACAUACAUCAUUUAUCAAACUAUCGAAACUUUUGGAGUCUGUGCCCUAAGAGCCAUCACCAUACUGUACCAGACAUUUGAACCAAAGCUCCACAGACUAUGGCAGACUCCUACAGUGCCCUAGGUGGGCACAGUAGAGGGGAUCUUAUACAAGCUUUCCAUGAAUUAGGACAUCUUAUCUCCUCAUAAAAAGCACAAAGAGAACUUGUCAAACUGGCACUGGGAAUUAUUACCCUAUAGUUGAGUAUGAAUAUCCCAGGAACUAACCUUCUAAGGAGGUUGACUUCUUCAAUACCAGUAUGCGACAGCAUUCACUAAUCCUCAAAUUGGCCAGAGUGUAAAUAACUAUAACGGACUCCCCAAUCGACCAGUCAAGCUUACUCAGCAGCAAAGCUCAUGUGUCAUGCAAACAAAAUGGCUGACAAAGACUCUUGGGCCAUAAUCUAUACACAUCCAUGGAACUGAUAAGCUUAAUGAGGACAUUUCAUUUUUACGGUUUAAUGGUUGCUGUUUCUACGUGUUGCUUAAAUUUUAUUCCUCCACUGUGCAGUUGAUUAAUAUGUCACAUUGUGACCAAAAUCAUUACAAUUUUUUCAUAAAGUUCAGAAUGGUUUUCUA